CUGUUUUAUUCUGCCCAGGUCAAUGUGAACGUAUUACCCUGGAAUUAUGCAUGAACCUGCCUUACAAUUAUACUCAUUACCCUAACUACUUUGGCCAUCAGACGCAGAAGGAAGCCUCCAUUAGCUGGGAGUCCUCUCUUUUCCCAGCCUUGGUUCAGACUAACUGCUAUAAAUACUUGAUGUUUUUUGCCUGUACCAUCUUGGUGCCAAAAUGUGAUCUUCAAACAAAUCAACGUAUCCCGCCAUGCAGGACUCUUUGUGAGCAAUCCAAGGAACGUUGUGAGUCUGUUCUUGGAAUUGUGGGUUUACAGUGGCCAGAAGAUACUGAUUGUGCUCAGUUCCCAGAAGAAAAUUCAGACAACCAAACCUGUCUGGUGCCUGAUGACAAUGUAGAAGAGUGCUCUCCCAGCCACUUCAAAUGUCGUUCGGGAAGAUGUAUCUUGGCCUCCAGAAGAUGCGAUGGGCUGGCAGAUUGUGAAGAUGAUAGUGAUGAAGAGAACUGUGGUUGCAAAGAAAGAGGGCUUUGGGAAUGCCCAUCAGACAAACUGUGUAUUCAACAUGCCAUGAUAUGUGAUGGUUUUCCAGACUGCCUUGACAAUGUGGAUGAAACAAACUGCUCGUUUUGCAAGGAGGAUGAAAUUGCAUGUGCAAACCAUGACUGUGUACCCCGUAAAUGGUGGUGUGAUGGGCGAGCAGAUUGUGCUGACAAAUCAGAUGAAUGGAGCUGUGUGUCCCUGUCUAAAAACAGCAGCUCCUUGAUGUUCCUGACCGUAUAUAGGUCAGCUACCAAUUAUUACAUAUGCGCUGAUGAAUGGGAAGAAAAUUUAAGCCACUUGGCAUGCAAACAGAUGGGUUUCGGGGGACCAGUUGUGACAGAUCUUGUUCCAGCGUAUGAGCUUCCACAACACAAAAAAUGGUUGAAUCUACCUCCUGACUGGGAGAGCAAAAAUAUGUCCACGUUACAUGCUCUUUUCGUAACAGGGUUACCAUGUGAAAGCAAGAAUGCGGUUUCUCUUCUCUGUGCCAGAGAAGACUGUGGCCGUCGCCCUGCAGCUCGCAUGAGCAAGAGGAUCCUCGGUGGCAGGACCAGUCGCUCAGGACGUUGGCCGUGGCAGUGCUCACUCCAGAGUGAGCCCAGCGGGCAUAUCUGUGGCUGUGUUCUGAUAGCAAAGAAAUGGGUCUUAACAGUGGCCCACUGCUUUGAAGGGAGAGAAAAUCCCAAGGUGUGGAAAGUAGUUUUUGGCAUCAACAAUCUGGAUCAUCCUUCGGUCUUCAUGCAAAGCCGCCUGGUGAAAGCGAUUAUUCUGCAUCCUCGUUACAACCGUGCAGUGGUGGACUACGAUAUCAGCAUUGUGGAACUCAGCGAAGACAUCAACGAGACGAGCUACGUCCGGCCAGUUUGCCUUCCCACCGGGCAGCAGCCACUCAAGCCAAACACUUAUUGCUACAUCACCGGCUGGGGACAUAUGGGCAACAAAAUGCCCUUCAAACUGCAGGAAGGAGAAGUGCGGAUUAUUUCUUUGGACCAAUGUCAGUCCUACUUUGACAUGAAGACCAUCACGGUCAGGAUGUUGUGUGCAGGCUACGAGUCUGGUACUGUGGAUUCUUGCAUGGCAGUUGCUACUUCCAGAUGUGUCAACCUGCACACCAUAAUUGAGCGCAUGCUCUUGGUUCAGACCUUCCCUGGAAUGACAAGUGCAACGGCAAGACUCCUCAAUCCUCAGGGUUAUUCUUUUGCUGAGACAGCAGAAGUCUGAAGAUGCAGACUUGGUAUGUGUUUCCUGAUGGAUGAAUUCUGAUUGCACCCCCCAUAAAGCUGCUGAGAUUUCUGUUCGCUGCCAACUCUUCUA